UGACUUAAUUAAUUAACCUGCCUUAAUUAGCUGCAGUUUCUUGAAAGCAACACACACGUUUGUUCCCAUAUGUCGUCAUUUGAGAGAUGCAAAUUGUAGAAGAGUCAGAGACGUACAGAGACUGCCAAUUCCAAUUAAGAAAAAACCCAACCAUAUUGAAUGUCAGUAUUUGUUUUCUUCUAAUGCUUUCAAUUCACGCUUUGCAUUGCUCAUAUUUGCCCAACCAAGUCAAAACACUAAUGUCAAGAACACAACAUUUACAGGGAGGAGUAUGGAGCCUAGAUGGUUGUCACAGUUGGAAUAUCCUACUCUACUCUCCUUUAUUGCUCUUCACGUCUCUAGCAGCAAUAGCACUCUUCUUGCUUCAAUUCUGUGUGAUAAUUUGAUGCCUCUUUCUCUCUCUGUCUGGUCUUGUUCAUGUUAAGAUCGAGAUACUUGUAUGAUCUCUUAAUUGGCAACUUCUCUCACUGGAAGUGAAAUCCUUUUUGCACUUGCAUCACAAGAAGUUUAUCUUAACAUUUGUCUAUACAAACUAUGUUAGCUUGUUUCGGCAGUUUCAACCAUCUCAACAUUUCUCUAUCAGUUUUUGAUGUAUUGAGGAUACUUGCUUUUUGUAGUUUUGAAGGGAAGAGACUUGUGGGUUGUGAUUUGAGCAGAGAGAAUGUUGUUGCGGAGGAAUCUUUGGGUGGUUAUUUUAUUGUUUACAGGAGUUUUUGCAGCUAAGCAGUACACUGUGGAGGGUCUUCCACAUCGAAUACUGUUGGACACAGACGUGGAUACCGAUGAUUUCUUUGCUCUAUUUUACCUCUUGAAGCUUAACAGAUCAGAAUUUGAAUUGGAGGCAUUGACUAUUAGUGCAAAUGCAUGGACUGAUGCAGGACAUGCUGUGAAUCAAAUCUAUGACAUUCUUUACAUGAUGGGUCGUGAUGAUAUUUCUGUUGGAGUUGGAGGUGAAGGUGGAAUACUUGCAGAUGGUACCAUUCUUCCUAAUGUUGGUGGAUAUCUUCCCAUUAUUGAACAGGGAAUGACAACAGCAGGAUAUUGUAGAUACAGACAAGCUAUUCCGGUUCUCGGUGGACGACUAGAUGUCAAUACCAACUAUGGCAUAAGGAAAGCAUUCCUUCCACAGGGCAGAAGGAGCUAUUCGCCUCUUCGACAACCUACUGCCCAACAAGUGUUAAUUGAAAAAGUAUCUGCAGGUCCUAUAACUGUGUUCAUGACUGGAGCUCAUACCAAUGUUGGCAUAUUUCUUAUGCGCAACCCACAUCUAAAGAAAAAUGUUGAGCACAUAUAUGUCAUGGGUGGAGGCGUGAGAUCGAAGAACCCAACUGGUUGUUGCCCCAAAAAUUCUAGUUCAACUUGUGUGACUAGACAAUGUGGUGAUCGGGGUAAUGUGUUCACUGACUAUACUAGUAAUCCUUAUGCAGAGUUCAAUAUUUUUGGAGACCCGUUUGCUGCAUACCAGGUGAUUCAUUCUGGUGUUCCAGUUACUCUUGUCCCUCUUGAUGCUACUAACACCAUUCCUGUAAACGAGAACUUCGUCAAGGCAUUUGAGAAGAGAAGGUACACAUAUGAGGCAGAUUACUGCUACCAGUCUCUGAAAAUCGCUCGCGAUACAUGGUUUGACAGCCAAUUCUAUACAAGCUAUUUCAUGUGGGACUCAUUUAUGUCUGGUGUAGCAGUCGCGAUCAUGCGCAAUUCAAAUAACAAAAAUGGGGAAAACGAGUUUGCUGAAAUGGAGUAUAUGAAUGUGACAGUGGUUACUUCAAAUAGACCUUAUGGGGUUUCAAAUGGCUCGAAUCCGUUCUUUGAUGGCCUGAAAUUCCCAAAGUUUCAUUUGAAGAAAGGUGGAGUGCAUAGUGGUCAUGUCCAGACAGGACUUCGCGAUCCAUUUUGCAUUGUCCCCAAUGGAAAGGGAAGAUGCAAGGAUGGUUAUACAGAGGAAGUCUCCGGCUCAGAUUCAGUGAGAGUUCUUGUCGCUACCAAAGCCAAACCUAACCAGGACCCUAACAGCAACCUUGACAGGGAAUUCUUCAAAAGCUUCUUGGAUGUUCUGAACCGCCCUCAGCAAACCGGAAAGUUCAAUUUUACGACAGAAUUUCCCAAUUUCAGAGAAACUUUCUAUAGACCUGAUUUUAGAGGAAGAAAAUUAGGGACGCCUGUUGUCUUUGACAUGGACAUGAGUGCUGGAGAUUUUCUAGCUCUAUUUUAUCUCCUAAAAAUACCUGUGGAAGUGAUCAACCUAAUGGCAAUAAUUGUUAGUCCAACCGGCUGGGCAAAUGCCGCAACAAUUGAUGUCAUAUAUGACUUACUGCAUAUGAUGGGUCGUGAUGACAUUCCAGUUGGUCUCGGAGAUGUAUUUGCUAUGAACCAGUCUGAUCCAAUAUUCCCUGCUGUUGGGGACUGCAAGUAUGUCAAGGCCAUCCCUCAUGGACGUGGUGGAUUUCUGGAUUCUGAUACUCUUUAUGGGCUAGCACGUAAUCUGCCUCGAAGCCCCAGAAGAUAUACUGCAGAAAAUUCUUUAAAACACGGAGCUCCUCGUGACACCGCUAAUCCUGAACUCAGACAGCCUCCUGCAUUGGAAAUUUGGGAGUCUCUGAUACAAACAAUGGAUCCAGGAUCUAAGAUAACCCUCUUGACCAAUGGACCCUUGACUAGUUUAGCAAAAAUUAUUCAGUCUGGGGCUAACGCAAGCUCUAUAAUUCAGGAUGUGUAUAUUGUUGGAGGACAUAUCAGAAACACUGAGAUGGACACAGGAAAUGUCAUUACAGUUGAUUAUAAUGAAUAUGCAGAACUCAAUAUGUUCCUCGACCCCAUCGCUGCCAAGACUGUCUUUGAGUCAGCUCUUAACAUCACGCUCAUUCCGCUUGGCGUCCAACGUAAAGUUGGUUCAUUUUCUAAGAUGCUUGAAAAGAUGCACAAGACGAACAAGACACCUGAGGCUCUUUUCGCUCACCGUCUGCUGUCAAGACUAUAUCACUUGCAACAAACUCAUCAUAGAUAUCAACACAUGGGCACAUUCUUGGGGGAAUUACUUGGGGCUGUGAUCUUGGCUGGCGAUCAUACCUUGUUGAAGCCAAUCUUGCAGGUCAAGCCCAUCAAGUUCUUCGCCGAAGGCAUUGAAUCCAAAGACGGAGAAACCAUAGUCGAAGAGAAGCAAGGAAAGUUGGUGAAAGUACUAGAAAACGUCAACACUGUUGCAUAUUAUGAUUUAUUUGCAAAACAACUGGGUGUUGAGCAGCAGUCAGCCGUAUUGGGAAGCUUCUGUGAACAGAAAAAAUUAUGGAGCAGACCAAAUCAAACUGUAGAUUGUUAGUUCAUUGGGUUCAGUGUUCUCUGAACUCGGGACUUGAUUCUUCUACAAGAGUAUAGUAGUUUCAGACUGUAUUGCUGAAAUUCUUGUCAGUAGAAACUGUGACAUAUACUUCGUAUCAAGAAAUACAAACAAUUCAUACAAUAGCGAAAUUGCUUGUGAUGUUUAGUUAAUUUAA